AUGGCAAAGGAACGAAGCUCCUCUGAAAAGAGGCCGGAUACCGGAGUCACAAAGAAAGUGACGCGCGCGGCGAGUUCUCGUGCCAAUUCUCCUGGCUCUGUGCAUUCGGGGAUCUCUUCUUCUCGUACGCUGCACUCAGUAACGAAGCCGUCCAAAGCCCCAGGACAAUUUGUGGCGAAAGAUAGCCGAAAGAAAGAGCAGAGAGCUGCCCACCGCAAGUGUUUUGAUGCGAUGGACAAGCUUGGUGAGUGGUUUCGAUUGGCCCUCACGGAAAAAGACAACGAGAGGGCUUAUCAGUCCCAAUUGUUGCACAAGCUGCAAGUCGAAAAAGCCGAAGAGAGUUCGAAGCUGCAGCAAGCCAUCGUGAUGAGAGAAAACGCUUUGGUUGACAACCAGAGACUUCAAAGUGAAAUUCAACAACUACAGCAGCAGGUGGAGUCGAUGAAUGCUACGAUACAAGAUAACAUCCCAUGGAACGAUAUUGAGCUGCUUUGGCAUCAGACACAUGGCGGACUAGUAUCGGCGACCACGCAAUUCUGGAAGGCGAUCGAGGCUCUUCAAAACCGCAGAAUCGCAUCCUAUUUGCCCGGCUCUGGAGUGAUCCACGGAAAUAUGACGGAGCAGUACGGCCCGCUAGGAACCUUGGGACACGAUGCCCUUCCCGGGUUCUCCGUAUCCGGUAAUCCCCCGCUGAGCAGCCAGCAAGAGCACAUGGCAACCAAUGCAUUUGAUUCUCUUGUCUGA